CGCGUGCAGUCGCUGCUGGGCCGCGCGAAGCCCGGGUUUCCACCGCCGACACAGCAGACAGGGACCCGGGCCGGGGCGUUACUGGCGGAGGCUGGGAGCAUGAGGCUCGCGGACUGGCGGCUGCGCUGGGCCAUCGCCCUGCUCCUCGUCGCGGUGGGGGCUGCAGCGCAGGGCGAGUGCGGGAGGCGCGAGUUCCGGUGCCGGGACGGGAAGUGCAUCUCCUACAAGUGGGUCUGCGACGGCCGCGCCGAGUGCAGCGACAGCUCCGACGAGGCCCCGGAGACGUGCAUGUCCGUCACCUGCAUGGCGGGAGACUUCAGCUGUGGCGGCCGUGUCAACCGCUGUAUUCCUCAGUUCUGGAGAUGUGAUGGCCAGGUGGACUGCGAGAACGGCUCGGACGAGCAGGGCUGUCCCCCCAAGACGUGCGCCCAGGACGAGUUCCGCUGCCUCGACGGCAAGUGCAUCGCCCGCGAGUUCGUGUGCGACGCGGACCGCGACUGCCUGGACGGCUCGGACGAGGCCAGCUGCCCGGCGCCCACGUGCGGCCCUGCCAGCUUCCAGUGCAACAGCUCCGCCUGCAUCCCCGAGCUCUGGGCCUGCGACGGCGACCCCGACUGCAAGGACGGCUCGGACGAGUGGCCGCAGCGCUGCGGGGCCCGGGACGCGGCGCCCCCGCGCGACGACAGCCCCUGCUCGGCCCUCGAGUUCCACUGCGGCAGCGGCGAGUGUGUGCACUCCAGCUGGCGCUGCGACGGCGACCCCGACUGCAGGGACAAGUCCGACGAGGACAACUGCGCCGUGGCCACGUGCCAGCCUGACGAGUUCCAGUGCUCUGAUGGGACCUGCAUCCAUGGCAGCCGACAGUGCGACAAGGAGUAUGACUGUAAGGACAUGAGUGACGAGCUGGGCUGCGUCAAUGUGACCCUGUGCGAGGGCCCCAGCAAGUUCAAGUGCCGCAGCGGCGAGUGCAUCCCCCUGGACAAGGUGUGCAACUCGGCCAGGGACUGCCAGGACUGGUCGGACGAGCCCCUCAGGCAAUGCGGGACUAACGAGUGCCUGGACAACAAUGGCGGCUGCUCCCACAUCUGCAGCGACCUCAAGAUCGGCCACGAGUGCCUGUGUCCCGAGGGCUUCCGGCUGGUGGACCAGCGGAGAUGUGAAGACAUUGACGAGUGUCAGGACCCUGGCGCCUGCAGCCAGCUCUGCGUGAACCUCGAGGGCGGCUACAAGUGUGAGUGUGAGGCGGGUUUCCAGCUGGACCCCCUCACCAAGGCCUGCAAGGCCACAGGCACCAUCGCUUAUCUGUUCUUCACCAACCGCCACGAGGUGAGGAAGAUGACGCUGGACCGCAGCGAGUACACCAGCCUCAUCCCCAACCUGAAGAACGUGGUCGCCCUGGACACGGAGGUGGCCAGCAACAGGGUCUACUGGUCUGACCUGUCCCAGAGAAAGAUCUACAGCACCCAGAUCGACAGAGCCCCCAGCUUCUCCUCCUACGACACUGUCAUCGGCGAGGACCUGCAGGCCCCCGAUGGGCUGGCAGUCGACUGGAUCCAUGGCAACAUCUACUGGACCGACUCCGUCCUGGGCACCGUCUCCGUGGCCGACACCAAGGGGCUGAAGAGAAAGACACUCUUCAAGGAGAAGGACUCAAAGCCGAGGGCCAUCGUGGUGGACCCUGUUCACGGCUUCAUGUACUGGACGGACUGGGGGACGCCCGCCAAGAUCAAGAAGGGGGGUCUGAACGGCGUGGACAUUUACUCGCUGGUGACGGAGGACAUCCAGUGGCCCAAUGGCAUCACCCUGGAUCUUUCCGGUGGCCGCCUCUACUGGGUUGACUCCAAGCUCCACUCCAUCUCCAGCAUCGACGUCAACGGCGGGGACCGGAAGACCAUCUUGGAGGACAAGAAGAAGCUGGCGCACCCCUUCUCCUUGGCCGUCUUUGAGGAUAAAGUAUUUUGGACAGAUAUCAUCAACGAAGCCAUUUUCAGUGCCAACCGCCUCACGGGCUCAGACAUUCACUUGAUGGCAGAAAACCUGUUGUCCCCAGAGGACAUUGUCCUUUUCCACAACCUCACGCAGCCAAGAGGGGUGAACUGGUGUGAGAGGGCCGCCCUCCACAACGGCGGCUGCCAGUACCUGUGUCUCCCGGCCCCGCAGAUCAAUCCCCGCUCGCCCAAGUUCACCUGCGCCUGCCCCGACGGCAUGGUGCUGGCCAAGAACAUGCGCAGCUGCCGCACAGAGACUGAAGCUGUCGCGACCACCCGGGGGCCCUCCACAGCCAGGCCUGUGGCCAGCUCGACGGUCAGGCCGACAGGCAGCUCGGCGGUGGUGGGGCCGAAGCACACAGCCAGCUCGUGGUCCAUGGCUAGCCCUGAGCUCACCACGGCUGAGACAGUGACGGUGUCCCAUCAAGCCCUGGGCGACGCUGCGGGCAGAGGCGGCGAGGAGAGGCCCCGGGGUGUGGGGGCCCUGUCCAUCGUGCUCCCCAUCGCGCUGCUCAUCGUUCUGUGCUUCGGGACCUUCCUCCUCUGGAAGAACUGGCGGCUGAAGAACGUCAACAGCAUCCACUUUGACAACCCUGUGUACCAGAAGACCACGGAGGACGAGGUCCACAUCUGCCGCAGCCAGGACGGCUACACCUACCCCUCGAGGCAGAUGGUGAGCCUGGAGGAUGACGUGGCGUGAGCCUCGGCCUGGAGUCUGGGCCUCCGGAACCGCCAUCGGUCAAGGGCAGGAAGAGACUUUCUCCCUGGACCCUUGACCUGCCCCAGCCCUUCCUGAGCCCCCGACGCCCUCCUGUUCGUUCACCGACGGAUGCGACCGAGAGCACGGCUGGCGGCCGCGCUGCCUGCCAGAACUUUGUUCUAUAUAUUUAUUCGUCUGGGAGGCAGAACGGGCUUCCGACGGCGCCCACGGGACGGCUUGGGGUGGGACUUCUGUCUGUCUGUCUUUCCAUCUGAGGGAGAAGAGGAGAAACCGAGUGAGCUGGGGUGCGUGUCUGUCCUCUCCGGGGACGUCUGACCUUCCAGCCUCUCCCACUGGCCCCAGCUGAGGGACUGAUGGGUGGAGGGACACAGAGUGAGAAAUAAGUGGCUUCGGGCACCGGGGAGCAGGUGCUGCCCACAGGGCCCCAGGCAGCCACUGCGCCCCCUUCCUCCAGCCGGAGCCCCCAAACUCAGGAGUGAGCGUGUCCACCUCCACCUCGCACGUCUUGCUGGAUGGCCAGAGUCUGCUGCUCGUCUGCCACCCCCAGGUCAAGAUCCAGCCGGGUUUGUGGCCUCCCCUUAAGCCGGGAGGGGACUCCAGUAUCGUUGGCGACGUGGCUGAGUCCCGCUUUCUGGGGGUGGCGCCGGCUAAGCCCCAGCCAUUCACAAAACCUCGACAGUUUCCAGAGACAGCCUGAGCCACCGAUCGCUCUUAAUCUUCUAUGAAGUGCCUGACACCGGGUUCCUGCGCUGGGGACGGCAGCCUGCGGCCCCCACAGCAUCCUCCCAGCCGGGGGGCUGCCAGGCCCGGCCCCCGCCCCCGCUCCCACUCCCUCCGGGCCUCCUUGCACUUUUCAGCCCAGAGUCGCACACUGUGUAAAGCCGACGUCCGUGUGGUUGCUUGGCACUAUUUCCCUUUGCUUGGACCGGCCCAGGCCAGUGACCCAGUGCUUCAAAGCCAAGAUCGGGACGCUGGCUAGUGUCACCACGUCUAUGCAGAUGCCCUCGAGCCAUUAAUUUCCCCGACAUGACUGUUGUCAUGGAUGGGUGACCAUCUGAACCGUGCACAGCGGUCCAGCCCUGCCACAUGUCCCUUGGCUCUGUCACUUUACGGGACUUCUGAAACCAAAAUUCUUUCUGCAGGUGUCACCUGUGUGGCUGCAUUUAUGACCGAAGAGACGGGGGUGGGGGGAGAUUGUCAAUUAUUCACUACCCAACCACGAAACACUGUGCCCCCCCCACCCCGAGGGAAACUGUGAAACCUGUUGUCUGUCUGAAGCUGUAAAUAAACCGUGUCCAGAGCAGGGGGCGGGUUUUGUGAUAUUUGCACUUUGUAUAUUGGUUGAAACAUUUAUCACUUAUAUAUAUAUGAAAAAAAGAGCUAUUUAUUUUUGCAAACCCCAGUUGCUGCGUUGGCUUGCCGACCUCCCGGGGCUCAUUGUCUCCGAGAUGCCUCGUCUUUCUGUACAAAGGUUAUUCGUGCCGCCCUGCGCCCUGCUCUCCGGAGAAUCGGGUCCGUGUUGUAUAUAUGGUUGCUGGGGGCGUCGGUGUCGCUUUUGGAACCGCUGUAUAGAAUGUUUUUAUAGCCUGAGUGUCUUCCUGUGAGGGAUGAAAUUUCUUAAAUGAACCAUUUGGCUUAAA